AUGACGGCGCAGGCUGCGGAGGAGCUCGCCGCCCAGAUCGAGCAGCAGAAGCUUGAGGAGCAGAAGACCGAGGUGAGAUUUCGCACCGAGAAGUACUGCACUACAAAUAGCUUUCACGAACCCAAUUCGAACCGACACCCGCGUUGCCCUCAGCGUCAGAUCGGGUGGAACAAGGUCCGCCGCCACCACACCCCUCCCUCCUUAGCCUCGCCGCUUCUGGAAGUCGCCCGCGCGGCCUUAGGGACGGCGGCGGCGGGACAAGAAGGGGAUGCCAGUGGCAAGUCCAAGCAAAGCAGGAGUGAGAAGAAGAGCCGCAAGGCCAUGCUGAAGCUUGGCAUGAAGCCCAUCACUGGUGUCAGCCGCGUCACUGUGAAGAAAAGCAAGAAUAUGCUUUUUGUCAUCUCCAAGCCAGAUGUGUUCAAGAGCCCGAAUUCAGACACCUACGUCAUAUUUGGCGAGGCCAAGAUCGAGGACCUCAGCUCUCAGCUGCAGACCCAGGCUGCAGAACAGUUCAAGGCUCCUGACUUGAGCCAAAUGAUCUCGAAGCCUGAGACAUCUGGCCUGGGUCAGGAGGACAAUGAGGAGGAGGUUGACGAAACUGGUGUUGAGGCCAAGGACAUUGAGCUGGUCAUGACCCAGGCAUCUGUUUCGAGGUCCAAGGCUGUCAAGGCUCUCAAGGCUUCUAAUGGGGACAUCGUCACUGCCAUUAUGGAGAUGACUAAUUAG